GCUUUCCAGAUAAUUUUCACGGGUGGGAAUUACGAAGAACACCGUUUAACAUGGUUGACAAGUUGACACAAAUCUUUUUGCUGUAAGAUAUGUAAAUACAGGCUGAAUUCAAGAUGCAAAUGUGAUUUACGUGAUGGUAAUUAUGGAGAUUGAGGUUCAGAAAUGUGGGGUGAAAUUUGAUCCGCCAGCGAUAAUGAUUGUAUACAGUGACAAUGGAUCUAAGAAACACAGACAAAGGACGAUGCCAUUAAGAGAUUUCACAAAAGAUUCAAACACUGAGAAGGCGACUGAUGAUUUAAUUGCCCAUCCGCGUCAUGGGAAAUAUGUAACUAAAAUUCCAAAAGUUCAGUUGAUGAGACUUAUUACAAUAAUAAGGGACAAAUUGAAUGGUAUGUCACUUGAGGCCAGUCUAGCAAGAAAUGAUGCCUUGGAUAAAAUAGAUCCGGAAGAAAACUUGAACACAGUGGAUGAGGAGACUUUAAAACGGAAAAAAGCUGCUAUGGAGCGAACUUUUGAGAAACAUCAGGUGAAACCAAAUGAUCCAAACUUCAAAUACGAUGUUGACGUAGAGUUUGACGAGCAAGAUGUGAUAGAGUCUGGAUGGGAUUCUGGAGAGGAUGGAUCUGAUUUAGAGUUUUAACGUGGAUCUGUUUUAAGAAGUGGAUAAAAAGUGACGUUGGUGAUGUUACUAAGUAACAGUUACUCUGAUAGCGUGUAUACCACAGAAAAAUUGUAAACAAAAAGCAAAACAAAAAGCUUUUUAGGGAAAGGAAUUAAAUAACAGGAAACAUAGCCAAAGUUAAGAAUUAUUUAGAAUAAAAAAAUUGGCUUUAUCUAUGUAAAAACAAAGAUCACAUUUUACUUUAAAAGUUUUUUAUACUGAUAUUUUUCUCAAUAUUUAAAAGUCUGAUCAAUAUACAAUUUUUUUAUAAAGCAGACUUCAGAAUAUCAUUUGUUUCAUAGGGGCUAAGAGCCCACUUAACUCAAUGCUAUGUAUUAUUAGAUUAUCAUAACAGUUAUAGAAAGCUUAACAUUAACAUCUUUAACAUUCAGUUACAAAGCUUCUAUUCUGUAACAUUUAUGACUAGUUUUGCUCAGACUGGCUUUGCUUUAAACAAAUUUCAUUUUCAAAUUGCUACAGUGACCAAAUACUUUAUAAAUUAAAUACAGAUGCUGUACUUUCAAGGGACUCCAUUGAGGUCCUUCGACUUAAAGUGACUGGAAAUAAUUUUUCAAGAUUAAUGUUCCAUUUGAUGUAAUUUUAGACCAAUAACUUGCAUAGAAUAAUUAUUCAAAUUGUGAAAAAUGACCAAAAAAUGAUAAGCAUUGCAGUGCUUUGCAUUCAAAAUGUGCUUAAAAUAGCACAAAAAUGUGAUUUUCAAUUUAUUUAUGAGCAUAUGACUUAAUUUUAUUUUGGAUAUUUUCUGUUUUAAGUGCCCCAGCUGAUCUUUAUAAGAUUUUUUUUAUCAUAUGUUUAUAGUCUUUAGACCUCAGUGGAGUUCCUUAAAUUGCAAAAGUCUUUUAAACCUACAGAAGCCUUUCCCUUUUCUGUUCUUGUCUUUAUUUUCUUUACUUAAAAAGGAUUUAUUUUCAAGUCUGUUGUUUGAUUCUGGUUUGAAGUUUAGGUUUUUUUGGUUUUCUAUUACUUUGGCGACAAUGUGGCUAAAACUGCUUUGUUUUGAAGUGAAGAUUGAAUUUUUUAUAAUUAAAGUAUUUUUGUGAUUUUUUUUGUCAGGGUAAGUUAAAAUCCAAUUUCUUCCAGAUGUUGAAAUUGUCUUGUCAAAA